UGGGGUUGGAAACUGUUGAUUGAAAGUUGGCUCUGUUAUACAGACUUUGGAACUGUUCUGCUCUUGUUUAUUCUGUGCAUCACCUCCGCGGCUAUACUUGUAUCGGCGAAUGCAAGCAAGCAAAGUCAACAUGUUUCACAAACUGUCUCUAGCUGAAACUAUUAACAUUACAGAUGUUCAAGGGGAUGGCAACCUGACUGUCAGUGCUGGUAGUGGCAGUACUGUUAUCAUCACCACAUGUCUUUAUCAUGUACCAGGAGAUGAGCACUCAUGUACACACUGCAGAGCACUUGUUUUACCCAAACCUGUCGGCAAACCUAAACGCCUGGGCACCAAAACAGAGAAAUCCUGCCACAUGUACAUUGACAACCUGGCCAUGCUAACUGGAGGAGGAAAGAUACUGAAAUGUCGCAGCAUCAUUGCCAAGCUGAUGAAGACAAAGACAGACCCAGACUCACAAGUGUCUCUCCGAUACGCUGCAAGUCUCAAUACUAUUUACGAGGGAGACUUUAAGAAGGUAAGCCGCCUUCUCCGUGAAGUUCAGGCAAUCCUUCCUGACACAGUUAAUGAGACAGAGCACAGACUGUGGUGGGGGAAUAUUAAGUCACUAGCCAAGCUAAGAGAGGGGAAGGGCGAUGCAGGGAUAGUCUUCGCAAAAGAGGUACUACCCCUGCUAGAUAUGUUGGCACCUGGCUGUAUAACGGCGUAUCUGCUCAUUAACCACGCCUUGCUCCUGACCGAGAUCGCUGCAACACAAGAUGACCGGGAAGACAGACAACAUUUCAUGAAGAUGGCAGAGAAAGAUUUCCACCACGCCAUUGAGCACGCAGAAUACGAGCACCCUAAGCAGAUGCUCCACUCACAGUCACGAGUGCCUCGGUUCGCCAAAAUAGGUCUGGCCUUCUUGUACCUUGGUUGUAAGGAAUCAGCAGGCAAUUUUAAGCUGGGAACCUCGGACGUUUCUUUGGAUGACAUCAAGAGGGCAAAGAAUGUGAUUGAUGCACUCGACAGGGACGGAAUGGUUUGUGAUUCAGGACAAUUCCAGUUUAUGGUGGCUAAAACCUGUCUGCACUACAGGCUGGGUAGUUACCAACAGGCCUAUGACCUGGCCCAGGAAGCCAAAGUCUUCGCUACAAAACAUUCUUUUGGUGGUUUUGUUAAAUUUGCUGACAGCAUUGUGCAGUAUCUGCAAGAGUAUAAUGUUUAACCCUUGUCCUGUGGGGCCCAUGUAUAUAUGGGUUGCACAUACAGUACCAUCUACGUAUUUUGUAUAUACAUAUGUAGUGCCUUGUAUGAUUUGGGGGUGCUUCCUGAUCUGUUACAUGUAGGUCUGUACAUUACUGAGCCUAGAAACAUAAUAAGACUCUAACCAUCUAUCUUCCUGCACUACAGAAUUCUUAUUAUUGGGACACAGGUUUAUAACUACAGUAUAUCAAACAUAUUCUAAGGGACAGUUACCUUUUAUAAGUCAUAUUUCACUAUUUGUUUAUGCUGACACAUUUUGAUAUUAUUGAUAAGCAUUGUUAAUACUAUGCAAUUUGAAGAUUUGUUUUAAGUUAAGAUUAUGAGUACUGUAUAUCAUUGGUGUUGGUAUGAAUUCUUUUUCUUGCUGUAUGUGUGAAAAUGUGCCAGGUGUUGACUUUUUUAAAAGAUUUAAUAAAUA